UAUCGCUGAUCUUACUAAUCGGAGUUAUUAAUCGAUAAAUAAGGAGCUAAUCGUGUCUAUUAAUUUUGCGAUAAUAGUUAAGCUUAUAAGUGCCUAUUCUAAAGCUAAACAUAAGCUAAUACAGAUGGCUCCCAACAAUCAUUGGUCGGUGCAUGUUCUCUGGAUGAUGGUGGCCGCUCGGAUGAUAUUAGCAACGCAAGCCUCUCCUACGCCGGCUUCUCCUGCGUCAGCCUCUUCUAUUCUGGACUGGCCUACACAAGUCUCUCCUACACCAGCUUUUUCUACGCCAGCAUUUUCUACGCCAGUCUCUCCUACGCCAGCCCCGCUUACGCCUGUCUCUCCUAUGCCAGUAUUUUCGACGACAACCUCUCCUGCCCCAGCCUCUCCUACGCCAGUAUUUUCUUUGCCAGCCUCUCCUACGCCAGCCUCGCCGGUCAACGUGACAACGGAGCUUGCAAGUCCACAAACGCAGGCCUUUUCAACCAGCAGCGGCAGUUACCUAAUGCAGUUCGAUUCAUCCGCCUUAUAUUCAGGAAUCCAAAUCCAGGAGAACCAACUAAUUUUUCCAUAUGAAAGUUUUUUUCCUAAUUUAUACGAAGAAAGACAAAAAUUUCAACUCACGAGUUUGGAUAUUGACGCGUCUAAACUCCAGGGAAAGAAUGGAAAUAUUUCGAUCGAACAUCGUGGAAAAUCGUCGCAUACAAAUCGUCUUCACGAUUUUCUCGCGGAGAACCAAAUUAAAAUAAAAGGAGAAGCUCUGCUCCUGGAUGCAAAACCUACGGUCAUAAAAGUGCCCACAUCUCGCGCCGCAAAAUUUUCCGUCGCCCUGAGAUGCAAGGACGUUUCUUCGGUGGUGACGGUGAACUGUAAUUUUUCCGACGUUUCAUUGACGCUCGACUUCCAAGGGCAGGAGAUGGUUAACCUCUCCAGCGACGCGCGGUUCGCAGGCACGCCCCUGCAGUACCGCUUCACGAGCCACGGCUCCUACACGGCCGCCCUGCAGGUCUCUCUGCGCCGCCCCGGCGGUGAAAUACGCUGCGUCGCCGCCGCUGUCGCGCCCGUUCACUGCCCUUGCGGGGAGCCGCCAUAUGCCACGGCGGCAGAUGGAAGCCGAAUUAUCGGCGGCCACCUGAGCCAGGAAGGCCAACUGCCGUGGAUGGCGAGCCUCUUGUACAGAGGACUUUAUGGCAAUAAACAUUUCUGUGGUGCCUCUGUCAUCAGUCGACGCUGGCUCCUGACGGCAGCUCACUGCGUUAAGCCGUUGCCUUUUAAGGAUUCGUCGCGCUUGGCAGCGAUGGUUGGGGUCACCGACUUGUCCAAAACUAACUCCGGGAAACUGUUGAUGGUGAAGACAAUAAUCCCACACCCGCGUUACGAUGAAGAUCGAAUGACUAACGACAUAGCGAUAUUGGAGGUGGACAGUGACAUUUACGACAAAGGCGAUGGUCGCGUUCGCCCGAUUUGUCUGCCAUCUGAUGACCUCAUGAUCGACAACAUGGCCGCAACUGUCGCUGGCUGGGGGCUUGUCACGGAUGGUGGUGAGGCGUCCUCCAAGCUGCUGACGGCGACGGUGCACAUCCUGUCACGUGAGCGCUGCAAGCGGCUCUACGCUGGGGGAGGGCACGACGAGGAUGAACACGACGAAAUUGAUCACGAGGAGCAUGAAGAUGAUGAGGAUGAUCACGAUGAGGAUGAUAACGAUGAGGAUGAUAACGAUGAAAUUGAUCACGAGGAGCAUGAAGACGAUGAGGAUGAUCACGAUGAGGAUGAUCACGAUGAGGAUGAUCACGAUGAAGAUGAUCACGAUGAGGAUGAUCACGAUGAGGAUGAUCACGAUGAGGAAGAUCACGAUGAGGAAGAGCACGAUGAGGAUGAUCACGUUGAUGAUGAGGACGAACACGAUGAGGACGAACACGAUGAGGUCGAACACGAUGAGGACGAACACGAUGAGGACGAACACGAUGAGGACGAACACGAUGAGGACAAUUACGAUGAGGACGAACACGAUCAGGUCAAACUCGAUGUGGACGAACACGAUGAGGACGAAUAUGAUGAGGAUGAAAACGAUGGAGAUGUACAAGGCGAAGAUGAACAAGAUGAGAAUGAAAAUGAGGAGCAUGAAUACUCUCAUGAUGAUCGCGAAGAAAACGAAUACGAUGAAGAUGAUAGUGAAGAGCAUGAAUACGAUUCGAAUGAAAGCGAAAAGUACGAAUACGAUGAUAAAAAUGAGGAGCUUGAAGACAAUGAGGAUAAUUACGAAGAGCAUGAAUACUAUGAGAAUGAAAAUGAUGAACGCGAAUUCGAUAUUUCCAACGAGAUUACCAACGAAUUCGAGGAUGCUGACAGUAAAGAACCAAAUAAUUCAGAACAACAAUACGGCAACAAUGAUGAAGGCGACGAUGAACAUGACCAUGCAGACGAUCAUGAAGGAGAUCGUGACGAUGAACGUAAAAACGGUCGUGAAAACUCCUAUAAAUACGACCAUGACAACAACUCUGCUGAUGACCACGAAAACGACCAUAAAGACGACUUUGAAGACGACCAUCACGGCGAAAGUGAAUACGAUGAUCACGAUUCUAUCAGAGAUAAACAAACGAAAAGCUACGAUGAACAUAUAAAUCACGUCACAACAGACUAUGACGCCGAUUACGAUGAACAGGAAUCCGAUAGAAAGCAUCAGAAGCAUUUCAUUCCACACAAACGUUCCUUAAAACUCAACUUGGGGCUAAGAUCUGAGGUCAAGAGAGGCGCAAUCAGGGCCGUAAAUCUGCCACGGGCGUGGCUGGGAAUUGCUCCCCGAGUGCCUGCCGUAAAUCGGCCGUGGCUGCCAAGAAACACGAGGGUGUCUCAGAAUCCGGACCUCGGAGACCAGGUUAUAUGCGCCAGCAACUUCCACGUCUCCGCCGACGCAUGCCAGGGAGACUCGGGAGGCCCUUUGAUGAGAGAGGACGACCGGGGGCGCGUGGUGCAGCUGGGGGUGGUCUCAUGGGGCCUGGAGUGUGGAGACCCUAACAAGCCAGGAGUCUACGCCAGAGUUUCCAAGUACAUCAGCUGGAUCAGGAGUCUGGUGCACGAUGCGCCUCAAUGCGGUUGAUUUUAUACAAGUAAAACUAAACAAGCGUGCGCAUUGUGUGGGAGAAUAAGAUACAAUCGAAGCAAUACACUGAAUUAUACUGC